CACGUGUUUUUCGCAUCCAUGCAGCAGUACAACGAUGAGCUGCCUCGCGAACUUGUUCUUUCGAUCCAACGCGUCCUAGAGACCCAAUCUUCUGACCCGUUUGAACCUUUCUCAAGCGAGUUCAAACCUGAGGAAGUACUGAACAACUUUUUCCCCGACGAGGCUUCACUAGCACAGACGGAAAAUGUUAGAGAGAAGCUCCUUCAAACGAAACAGGACCUUCAACAUGAGUUGGAAACUUUGCGGCAAGAAUUGAAGCGCAAUCAGGAUCCGGACAGGAUGCAGCUCAUCCAGGAGAUGAUUUCAGAAUUACUCGGUCAAAUGUCGCGUAUUCGUGAGAAGGCUACAGAAUCUGAAGCAGUCGUUCGAAGUAUCACGAAAGAUAUUCAGGUGCUCGAUUUGGCGAAGAAGAAUCUCAUCUUGAGUAUGACUACAUUGAAGAGAUUGCAGAUGCUCGUCAGUGCAUUGACUCAGUUGGAAGACCUUGUGAGGGAAAAGAAGUACGGAGAAAUAGCUCAGACCCUCGCCGCCGUCAAACAGAUCUCCGAUUCUUUCAAACAAUACAUCUCGAUUCCUCGUAUCAUGCAAAUAUGGAAGCGUAUACAAGAACUUCAGCAUAAUAUACGAGCCCUCAUUGAUCAAGACUUCGACAUGUUUUAUUUACAGGAUCCCUCAAAGCCUGUCCGGCCUACGGUCAUUGCAGACGCUUGCCACGUUGUGGAUGUUCUUGGCCCAGACGUCCGUUUUCAAUUGAUCGAGAGAUAUGUUGCUCUUGAAUUGAAGGAAUAUCGACGAAUAUUUCGCACAUCCGACGAGGCUGGUCAUUUGGACAACAUCUCUCGCAGGUUUGCGUGGUUCCGCCGUUUGUUACAAAAUCAUGAGCUUGAACAAGGACGAGUAUUUCCUGGGGAAUGGAGGGUAGAAUGGUAUUUAUUGGCAAAAUUCACGGAAGUAACCAGGGAUGACAUCACGACCCUCCUUUCGGGGGCCGGAAAGCCUAUUACCGUUACACUCCUCUUGGAGAACCUACAAAUAGUGAGCGAAUUUGAGUCCUCCAUGUCCAAGAAAUGGGCUACACCUUUUCAAGAUAUGUUACAACACACCGCCACCACUACUUCUCGUCCGCCAAAGUCGAUUAAAACUUCCUUUGAGUCUCACAUGGGAGUAUUCGUGGAUGCGCAAGACAAGGCACUGACAGACAUGCUCGCUCCACAUCGCAAAACCAAAGUUCCGAAAAGCACGCCUCGAGCCUCGCUCGAGGCAUCUACUACGGAAGAAGGCCAGGGCAAUGAUUCUUCACCGAUGAUAGUGCUCCCGUCAUCAACAGAGUUAUUCUACUUCUACGGACAAAGUUUGGAGCAAUGUGCAAAGUUGUCCACUGGACAGUCCCUAUUCGAACUCUACAAUGUUCAUAAGAAGUGGCUCAAGAUAUACGCUGAGGAGGUUCUCGGGGCGAGUUUAAAACAACGACCGCCGGUUGCAAGUCGCAGGUCAACAGAGUCGAGAUUUGACGUCAGCGAGUUGAAACAAGCUGCCACUGUUAUAAACACAGCGGAUUACUGUCAAAGCACUGCUUUUGAACUCGAAGACAAGGUCAAAGGCAAAGUCAAUAAUGAGUUCAAAGACAAGAUUUCCUUCCAGGAGGAGUGUGAUCUCUUUCUCAGUGUGAUAUCUUCGGCGAUUGUCAUCCAAUUACGGGAGCUUGAAGCUGCCUGCGAUCCGGCUUUCAGUGCAAUGCUUCGCUCUCCGUGGUCGACUCUCAGCCAAGUCUCGGGUCCUUCAGCGUAUACUGCCGAUUUGAUCAGAUCUAUAGAGCAAGUUGUUGAAGUGGUCCGACCUACUAUAGAGCAGAAAAAGUACCUUCGCAACUUUUUUGACAAGGCUUGUAGUUUGCUCGUCGCUAAAUUUACCAACUCUCUGGUCAGAAGUCGUCCUUUGAAGGAGAUUGGGGCUGAGCAGCUUCUGAUCGACCUACAAACAGUGAAAGCGUUCUUGUCGAAGAUGCCCGGAGAGAACUUAAUCACGACUAGUUAUACACGUUCGCUUGCGAAAAGUACCAGCAGACUCGAAUCGUUAUUGAAAGUGAUCGUGACGCCUAUCGACCCGGCAGAAGGUUUCAUUCUCAACUAUACCUUACUGAUUGGGGAUGCUUCCUUCUCUAACUUCCAGAAGAUUCUCGACCUCAAGGGGGUCCCGAAGAACGAUGAAAACCACCUUCUAGAUCGUUUUGUCACCAUCACAAGUACGAAAGAGGAACUAGAAAGUACAUCAUUCUUGACCUCUCUAGACAUGGAUCCCUCCAGUGGCGCUCUCGGUACACUGGCUAGUCAUCCUGUGGCAGGGCAAGACAAAAUAUUCGCUGGACUCACCUCUCCUCCCAUUAGCGGACCUUCUACUGGAGCGAACGCGUCGGAUGCUUCUCGAGGGGAGCGGCGAGAGGUGUUCUCAGAUUUUCGUAGAUUGGUCAGUUUCGGAUUGAGAAGAGACUCUCCAGCACCUUCAUAAUGUAUUGUGAUUGUGAUUAUGUAUGAACUCUGUGCGGAAAAGUAGGACGAGCCUAGUUGAGAAUAUAUCGGUUCGAAGCGCA